CGGUGAGGUUCGAGAGGGAGAAAGGGUGUGGAUUGUCAAGGUGGCGGAUGAUGUUACCUUUCGAAGGAUGAAUGCUACGAUGGAGAAGCUGGCCAAGAUGUCCGAGCAGGAAUACUCUGUUUUCAUAAGGGUGCUGUUUGGGUUGUCGUCGCCGUCACCUGUUCCGCCGGAUCUGGAAAAGGAUCCGGAGGUGGGCGAGAUUGACUGGGUUGACCCGACGCUGAACGAGAGCCAGAAGGACGCGAUCCGCUUUGCGCUGGCUUCCAGGGAGAUUGCGCUUAUCCAUGGUCCGCCGGGGACAGGCAAGACGCACACGCUGAUAGAGCUCAUCCUGCAAAUGCUCAAACGCAAUCUCCGCGUCCUCGUCUGCGGCCCGUCCAACAUCUCCGUUGACAACAUCGUCGAGCGCCUAGCCCCGCACAAGGUGCCCCUGGUCCGACUGGGCCAUCCGGCUCGUCUUCUACCAUCGGUGCUGAACCACUCCCUUGACGUGCUCACGCGGACCUCGGAGGCAGGAGCUAUUGUUAAGGACGUGCGCGCCGAGCUGGAUGCCAAGCAAGCGUCGAUCCGCAAGACGCGCAACGGCAGGGAGCGCAGGGCUAUCUAUGCCGAUCUCAAGGAGCUGCGGAAGGAGUAUCGCGAGCGGGAGCGCAAAUGCGUCAGCAACUUGGUGCAAGGCAGUAAAGUAGUGCUCGCAACGCUACAUGGUGCGGGAGGUUUCCAGUUGCGCGACGAGAAGUUUGAUGUCGUCAUCAUCGACGAGGCCAGCCAAGCGCUCGAGGCGCAAUGUUGGGUACCGCUACUGUCAGCCAACAAGGCCGUCUGUGUUGGAGACCAUCUGCAGCUUCCGCCUACGAUCAAGUCGCUCAACUCCAAGAGCAAGGCUAAGCUAAAAGGAGAGGAUGGCAAUGUGCCUGCAGUGAAAGGGGCUACGCUCGAGACAACGCUGUUUGACCGCCUGCUCGCGCUACAUGGCUCGUCCAUAAAGAGGAUGCUCACAACGCAGUACCGCAUGCACGAGAAAAUCAUGCGGUUCCCGUCCGACGAGCUCUACGAGGGGAAACUGGUCGCGGCAGAGGGAGUCAAAGCCAGACUGCUAAAGGAUCUGCCCUACGAGGUGGAAGACACUGACGAUACCAGCGAGCCGCUCAUUUUCAUCGACACGCAAGGCGGCGACUUCCCAGAAAAGAACGAGGACGAGCAGGAAGCAGGCAAGAAGAAACUGACAAAGAGUAGUCUAUAUGGCGAAAGCAAGAGCAACGAUAUGGAGGCGGCUCUGGUGCGGCAACACGUGCGGAGCUUGGUCGAAGCUGGGGUCAAACCGGAGGACAUCGCGGUGGUGACGCCGUAUAAUGCACAGCUUGGGAUCCUUGCCCCGCUAAAGGAGUCCUUCCCGGGCAUUGAGCUCGGAAGCGUGGACGGCUUCCAGGGCCGAGAGAAGGAGGCCGUGAUCGUCAGCCUCGUCCGAAGCAACCCCGAAGGCGAAGUCGGAUUUCUAGGGGAGAAGCGGCGGCUCAAUGUUGCAAUGACGAGGCCCAAACGAUCGCUGACAGUUAUUGGCGACUCGGAAACGGUAAAAAAAGGCAGCAAGUUUCUCAAAAGGUGGAUGGAGUUCCUUGAAGAGAAUGCCGACCUCCGGUAUCCGGAUGUGUCCACGCUCGCUCAGGAAGCAUGAAUAAUGUGGGCAGCCAAUUCAUCCCAUGUUCAUGCAUCCGGCCCGGAAUGUACGAAACUCAAAUAGAAGCCUUUGAUGGAAAGUCAGAAGAAAGCAGUUCGGUUGCCAUCUAGCACUGUCCAGUUGAGAUGAGAUGAGAUGAGAUCGGAUAACUCUUUCCAAGUCCCAGCCGUGAUUUGAUACCGAGGCAAAGGGAUGGCAUCUUCCCCACGGAUAUCUUAGGCGACACUCCGGGAAUUGUUAUCACCAGCUAGAGGUUGUACCGCCGAAAUGCCCGAUAGUGUAUGCAGUAACGUUAGCAUCUUGUGGUUUGUGGCGUGAUUGCAGGAUUCAUAAUCGUCC